UUGCGCCCGGAAGGCAGGGCUUUCGACGGAAGGGGCGUGGCUAUGUGUGAAGGGGCGUGGCCUCGCCGGCCAAAGAACCACGUGUCUGGGCGGGCAAAAGAAGCUAAGCGCCAGCCGCGUAGUAGACAGAUCUUCCUCCGCUCGGAAUGGGGUUUCAUCCCGUUUGUAAGUCCAAAAUGCAUUUAAUGCCCCUAAGCCGCCCAACAUCAUAGCUUAGCGUAACCUACCUAAAGCUUGCUCAGAACAAUUCCAUUAGCCUACAGUUGGGCAAAAUCAUCUAACUCAAAGCCUAUUUUAUAAUAAAGCGUUGAAUAUGUCAUGUAAUUGAUGGAAUACUGUACUGAAAGUGAAAAACAGGAUGGUUGUCUGGGUACAGAAUGGCUGUAAGUGGAUGGUUUUUUACCCUUGUGAUUGCGUGGUUGUCUGGGAGCUGCGGCUCGCCGCCGCAGCCCAGCGUCAUGAGAAAGGAUCCUACCUACCGCAUAUCGGCAGCAUGGGAGAAGAUCAAAAUUCCAAAUUUGAAGUACGGUUUCUACUGAAUAUGUAUUGCUUUUGCAGCAUUGUAAAGUCAAAACACUGUAAGUGGAAGCAUGGAAAUUCUGGAACCGUCUGUAACUAAGAGAAAGUAAGUGAAACAACAGAUGCAGGAAGGGCAGGGGGUUUGCGGAGCCCCAGGAGAGGAGCAAGAGAUACUGGCGCAUAGGUAGGUUAGAUCCUGAAAGCACUUGUCUGCCACGUGAACAAUACCCCGAGGAAGCAAAUGGAAGUUAAGAAGGUGAGAGGCCUGGUAAGAUUCACCUUUUAUACACAACUCUGGUGGCAGCUCAGAGGAGAGCAUGUGGUUUCUUUUAGGAUCCAUCAGGGAAGGUGUAAAUAGGGAACCAGAACUUGGGGUACAGACUGUACCUGACACCACUCCGGAAACAGGGCUUCACAGAGCAGAGGAGCGCCAAUGAGUGAAGGGGAUAAUUUCAGAACAAAUAAAAUUUUGCCAUUUAAAAUACCAUUCAAGUAAUUGGACCAGCGGCAAAGCGUUACCUGGUAGCUUGUUUUUUUGAGGUGCUCACCAUGUGCCAGGCACCAUGCUGAAUUUUAGCUGUUUUCUCCUUUAGUGCCCACAAAAGCCCUGAAACGGUUUCUACUUUGCAGACAAGGAGACGAUGGUGAAACUGCUAAACCUGAGCUCCUGAGCACUAACCAGCUUGUGGGGAGACAGCAUCCGACCACCGUGUGGCUCACCCCCUUUGUUGUACAGAUGAGCAGACCGAAGAAACGAGGGUCAUGGACUCAUAAUAAUUGGUGGUGUUAGAAUUCGAACAGUAGUAACCUGCCAGGCAUUCCUUCUGCUACACCACGCUACCCUGUGUGGAGACUCAUUCAUUUGUUCACCUCAUAACAGUGUACUAACACCGUCACACUGCGCUCACUCUGGAACCGGCAACUGCACUAAGCAGUUUAGAGAUGCUGACUCAUUUGAUCCUCACCACAACGCUUUUCUCCAAUUUCUAUUUGAGGACACAGGCACAGAGAAGUUAUGACUUGCCGGGCACCAAAUACCUAUUGAUUGAGCACCUGCUAUGUGCCAGACCCUGAUCCAAAGGAGAGAGAUACAGCCGUGAACAAAACACAGCCCUGCCCCAGAGAGCUUACAUGCUAGACAUGGGAAGUUCCUGUAGAUCAUAAAGGCCAGGGGGCUGGAAAAAUAAAGCAGGGCAGGGGGACAGAGUAGGUGCCCUUGGAGGUCUGUAUGAAAAGAAAGGGCAGGUUAUACUUGCUAAUAAUUUAAAUAAACUUCGCAGCCCAACUCGCCUAAAGAUCUUCAUGACGCACACUGAAUACAGUGAGUGCAAACUCUUAUUUUUUAUUGUCCUGUGGCUACAUCAGAACCCUUGAGCCUAAGGUACCGAGAUCAGGAAGAUGGUUUUCCGAAUGCCAGGCGUUCAGAGCUGGCAGACUGUGGACACCGCAGAAGCCCCUUGUCCCUUUCAUCGUUAACCUAAUAAAUAUUAAUAUCCGGCUCUGGUGACUAGUGCACAGGUUCACAUUGCAGCCUCGGCGGCGGCUGGACUGUUCCAGCUCCGCCCCGCUCUCCGCCCCACACUCUGGGCGCGCAGCCUGUCGACCCGCCGGGGCUCCCCGAGCACGCUUACUGUCGGCCCGCCUCGCGGGGCGCCGGCCACAUCCGGGGCUCGGGGGCCCGCGCGGUUGCCAUGGCAGCGGGGUCGCGGCGGGCGCGCGGGCAGGCCCCGAGGCUGGCGGUCGGCGGAGCCCCAGAACCGGACGGCCGUACUCGCAGCGCCCAGGGGCGAUCGGGCAGCGCCGCCGCCAUGUCCCUGAGCACUGGGGAGCUGGCCUCGGAGAUGGGAGAUGACAGCCUGUCUGCAAUAACCUUCGACUCUGACUCAGAGACGAAAGCGAAAAGGAAAAGUUUCCACAGACCUCCCCCUACAUCACCGAAGUCACCUUAUCACUCUAAGCCGCGAAAAGUGGCCUCCUGGAGGUCUCUGAGGACAGCCGGCAGCGCGCCCCUCGGGAGCCAAAUGUCCUUAACCCCCCAGAAGCUGUGGCUGGGAAGCUCAAAGCAAGGUUAUGUUCCUGGGACCCCUGUCUACAGAGAGAUGGAGGGCAUGUAUGACGAGAUCAUUGAGCUGAAGAAGUCAUUACACGUGCACAAAAGCAACAUGGAUCUGAUGAGAACAAAGCUUCGGCGCUUAGAAGAGGAAAACAGCAGAAAGGACCGGCAGAUACAGCAGCUUUUGGAUCCUUCCCGAGGCCCGGAUUUUGUUCGGACUCUGGCAGAGAAAAGGCCUGAUACUGGCUGGGUGAUCAGUGGGCUGAAGCAGAGGAUUCUCAAGCUGGAGCAGCAGUGCAAGGAGAAGAACCACACCAUCGACAAACUGCAGACUGAUAUGAAGACCACUAACUUGGAGGAGAUGAGGAUCGCCAUGGAGACAUAUUACGAGGAGAUUCAUCGUCUCCAGACUCUCCUGGCAAGUUCUGAAACGACAGGAAAGAAGCCUCCAGUGGAGAAGAACGUCGGCCUUAAAAGGCAGAAAAGAAUGAGCAGCGCCCUCCUGAGCUUGUCCCGGAGCGUCCAGGAGCUCACGGAGGAGAACCAGAGCCUGAAGGAGGACCUGGACCGCGUGCUGAGCGACUCCCCCACUGUCUCCAAGAUAAAGGGCUCGGUGGAGUGGAGCAAGCCCCGGCUGCUUCGGCGGAUCGCAGAGCUGGAAAAAAAAAUAAGUCUGAUGGAAAGCCCCAAAUCGCACGCUUCAGAGGUGGUCCUGUCUACCCCGCCGGCUCACUCGGUGUCCAGCUCCACGGUGCACCGGCAGCCGCGCCCCGACCGCCAGGAGGAGAGCGAGCGACUGCGGGGGGUUGUGAGGAGCCUGAAGGGCGAGCGGAAUGCCCUGCACACCCGGCUGCAGGAGCGAGAUCUGGAGGUGAAGCAGCUACUGCAGACAAAGGCUGACUUGGAGAAGGAGCUGGAAAACAUGAAGGAGGGUGAGAAGGAGGGAAGAGAAAGAGAGGAGGCUUUGAGGGAGGAAAUUCAAGCACUUACCAGGAAGUUUCAAGAACUGGAAGAAAGUAAGAAAGGAGGGGAGGAGGACCCCGAGGAGACGAGCCCGGAGACCCGGGAAGCGCCCCGACCCCCCGGUCCCUCCCAGACGGACUCGGAGCUGGACACGAGCGAGGGGGGCUCCUCCCGGCCCCGCUCCGGCUGCUCCGAGGGGAGAAGAGACGCCGCCGCCCGGCUCCUGCAGCGCCGGUGGAAGGGGCACCAGCACUGGAAAAAACAGGCCGUUCUGGAUGAGGCUGCCGUGCUGCAGGCGGCUUCCCGGGCGCAUCCGGCACGGGCGAGGCCAUUGUCUAGCGGAGUAUGCAGCCCGGACCCCCCUGCCGUGCCAAGCCCUCCCACCCAGGACUCGCCCGAGCCCCGCGUCCCGAGCCCCGUCGUCCAGGCCGAGGGGGACCCGUGGCAAGAGGAGGCCGUCACCAUCAUCCAGUCUGCCUUCCGGGCACACCUGGCACGGGCCAGGCACAGUGCUGCUGGUCCAAGAGCUGCCCCUGCAGCGUUUCCCGACAGACCUGCUUGGGCCCCACACAGUGCACCCUCCUGUCCGCCCUUCCCUGCAGCCUCUCCUGGGCAGGAAGACAGCGAGGGGAGCAGCGGGGAGACCGCGGAGGCUCCGGCUCCUGGGGACGGAGCGCCGAGGCCAUGGGGGCCAGGGGCACCGGCAGCCCCGCCGCCCUGCUCUGCGGAGCCCCCUCCCUCGGGGCCGCAGCGCGCCGCGACUCCGCCCGCGGAGGACGUGAACUCCGAUGACUCCGACGAGAUCGUCUUAGCUCCGCCUGUGCCCACGAAGAAAAUCGCCUCCCCGCCCUAGGCCCCUGCGGUCGGGUCGCCCGGCACGUGGCGAUGCCCUGUCCGGGCAAGGUUAGGUUCAGAGGACAGAAGCACUCAGACCGGAAAGGAAUUUAUCUUGUGGGGAGGAGAACAGUACCUACUGACACCUCACCUCCGUCCCCGGUUUUUCUCUUCCGUUUUGCCCGUUUGUUUGUUGAGGGAACCCCGAAUGCCUCUCUUUAUUUUAUCUCUGGGAAGGGGUCGCCUACGUUCUGCAGCCCUGGCUGCAGGCCCGCGUCCCCCCUACCCCCGGUGGUCUUCAUGCCGGACAGACACACCUGCCCGGGCUGGGGGGCAGCAGGGGGCCCGGCCGAGACACGUCCUCUCGGGGCACCUCUGGCCACCUGCGGCCGUGCAGGCAAGGGCUGCUUCAUCGGCGCUGACGCCACUCGGCCACCAGCUCCAGGACAGGCAACGCGCCUUGGGAGAGCUGAUGCAAGAACUCUCGCUCUCAGCCCGAACGGAGGGCCCUGCGCACCAGGGAGAGCUUAGUCCCGGGCCACCCCUCCGCCUCCCCGUCGCCAGCGGGACCCCCAGCGCCCCGACGGUGCGGCAGCCCUUCCCGUGUUGCACCUCAGGGGCUCCGGCUCAGACUUUUCCUUCUUUCAGAAACUCCGGGGCCCUCCUCACAGCGGUCAGAGGCUCCCGGCUCCAGCACGGGCGAGGCGUGUCGCCAGGAGGAUCUGUGUUGCCCUGUCCCGUGAGAGAGGCGGAGGGAUCUCCCAGCCCCGGCCACCCGGAGUCAGGCGGGGGACCCGCCAGCCCCUUUCACCGCUCAGGUGCCGGUCAUACAGUGGGUUGAAAAAAGUUCAGCCAGGGGGCCAGGCUUGUGUCAUGUUUUCUUUACUCGGCCUGUGAGUUUCCAAGUCCGUUUUUUCUUCUGUUUCCCCCGCUGGACUGAUGGCUAACUCGGGUGAACUCACUGCCGACCUUUGCCUUGUUUCAUCCACUGGGUCCGUUCCUCCUCUGGGUGCCGGCUCAGCUAAAGGCCUGUAGGAGCCAGUCCACCAGUCAGGCACCCAGAGGGUGAUGAAGGCGAUGCCCGCGGCCUGCAGGUCCCCAGGGGGUCAUUCUCCCCCCCACCCCAUUCAAAAACGGGCAUUUCUGCAUUACUCCUUGCUCUCAGGAGCCCAGGGCUCUGGAGACCUAUGACGGAUGGGUCACUGUCGGGACGUCCUCGCCUGGUCCUGGAGGAAAAGGCCGUGUGUGCAGCGGGCUGGCCGUCGGCAGAGCUGGGAUGUGCAAGCUCAGCCCCGGGACCUGAGUUUUCCAAGAAAAUGCUCCUGAGAAUUGCAGAUACGUACAUUCGUCUGCCUGUGCUCCUUGGGCCCAGCGAUGUUGAUCUAGUAAAAGUAAGCAGCCUUGAAGCCACCUCAGUAAAUGACUUAACUCAAGGCUGUGACCCUCUGACGCUGUGUGGAUCUGUUCCCUGGAGAAUGCCAGGUGCCCAGCGUGCUUGCGGGGCCCACGGCUCGGGGCUGGGGUUCUAGGGCUGCCGGAGCAGCACAGUGCGGGGCGGGACGGGCCUGGGGCCUACAGGGCCUGCCUUCUGUUUGCCUGCCUCUCUGCUGCCCCUCUGGACGGGCCCGGCCGCCCUGCAGACAGACCAGAACCCUCGUCCCAGCAAAAAGACCGAUGGCAUUAGGAAAAGGACGGCCACCUAGCUCAGAGCAACCAGCGUGAGAGCUGCAGAGCUUUGCUUCGUUUUUAAGUAAUAAAUACCCUGUGCGGAAAGCCCCGUUCACCUUCAAGAGCUGAAUAGAAUUUAAAUUCCACGAGAAGCCGUCUAAGCCAAUUCAAACCCCUGCUGUGGUUUUGGAAGCAAUGUUUGCUCUCGUGUGGCUCAGAAAUUCUGAGCACUGGAGAGUGGACACUCAGACCUGCCCGGGGCCGGCCGGCAGCUGCUCCAGGUGAGGACCUCCCCGAGCUCCCAAGGGCCUGUUAGCAGCUGAUCACGCCGGGUACGCAUCCUUUGAAGCGAGAGAAGCCACAUCUGGGAGUUGAAAUGUGAAGCCACCAGGUGGCUCCAGGAGGAAGUGGUGGACUCGCUGGUCUUUGACCUCUGUAUUUAGGAACACUCUGACCUACGCGUAAUUUGUACGCAAGUCUCUCGGAAGGCAUAAGCUUUUCCCUCUGUGCUACUCAUCGUUGGCCUUUGUAAAUAAAAGCUGUUUUGCAGGAUC